UGUUAUUUGUUUUCAGUUUUGACGUAAUUUUAUUUCGUAUUUUCUUUUUCGAAUGCAUCGUUAAUCUCUAUUCUGUACCACAUAUCGAACAAAAAUACAAAUUAUAAAAUUUCGAAAUCGGUUUGAACGUUCAGCUUACUGGUUUAUGUACUCUAGGUGAAUGUCUACAUUAUACCCGUGUCUCAUUGCUUUAGUACUUGGCGUUUUUAUGACUCUUGAGCCUGCCUUAAAUGCUUUUGACGUUAGACAGCUCGAGUGAUUCCGUCUACUGAUUAUACCGUUGCUGUAACCUCGAUUACUAAUGGCUAGCCGACAGUCUGUAAGUUCAAUCUUAAAACCACCUAAAGUACGGGCACCUCUAAAAGAGAUCGAAACAGUUGAUCAAGAUGCUGAUGAAAAUACUGCAACAUUAUCCAAAAGAAAAGUGAGUUUUUCAGGGAUGAAUAAAAUAAAAAUGUACAACACAGGUGCUACAUCUUUAACUGUACAUCAAGCUCCUAUGUUUGAUGAGCAAAUUUCAAUGUUAUCUGAUUCUUCAAAUGCAGAAAAACCUAAAACAUCAGGAAAAUUUGAGAAAUCUGAUGCUCAAAUUAGCAUUGAAUCUACUAAUUGUACCAACUUAGAAGAUAAUGGUCGUAUUAUUAUUGAGUAUGAAAGUCCAAAUGAUAAUAUGGAAAUGACUGAAGCAUUAUCGGGUAAAAUAUUGUCAGACACUAUUUAUACUAUUGAUAAUGGUUCUGAACAUAUUAGUUACAGUUCAGAUUAUUCAGAGAAUAAUAUGGAAUUCACAGAAGCACUAAAAGUAGGUCAAAUUUUAUCAGGGGAUAAUGGCUGCGAUUUAAAUUCUACUGAAAUGUCUGAAACAUUGGUUGAUGAAAGUGGUGAAGAAUCAGUUAGUCAAUUUGGUCUUAUACCUUCAACACCAUUAUCUAAUGUGCCUAUUAAAAAUACUUUGAAUAUUAGUUCAAAUUCUAGCUGUAUGGAUUUUACUUGUGCAAAUACUAAAUCCAACUUAUCAUGUAAUACUCAAUCAAGUAAUAUGGAAUUAACUUGUAUGACUAAAUCUUUAAAAUCUAUUUGGUCAAGUGAUGAUUAUAAAUCAAUGAGUAUGGAGUUGACACAAUUACCUGACAGACAAACGUUUGAAGAUAAUUGUGAAUUAGUUUAUGAAUAUAGUGAACAUUCUAUAAGUACGGGAUCAGAUAUAUCUUGUGAAAUUCAAGAAAGAAGCAGCUGUGAAUCAGAAAUUGUGCAAACUAAAAAAUCAGAAAAUAAUAAUUCAAAUUUUCAAACUAUUGGUUGUGGUUUAGACAAUUCUGAUACCGGAGAAGAUUUUAUUGAAGAAUUAUCGUUAAGUAUGGUUUCAAUGGACAUUGAUCCAACAUUAGAAGAUAAUGCAUUUGAAAUUAGUUAUGUAAAUGUUGACGACCCACUAAGAGUUUUAAAUGAACAAAAACUUUCAACAAUACCUAUGACGACAAUGGUAGAAAAUAGUUAUAACCCUGAACAAAGUGUGCUUGAUAAUUAUUCAAAUAUAAUUGAUAGUAAUCAAACUAAUGAAUCUAGACUAUCUAUACUACCCACAGGUUCUUCAUUUGUUGUAAAUAUGUCUCCCGAAAAAAAUAUCAACCAAGAUGUUGGAAUCGAAAAUCUUCUACAACAAACAUUACACAAUCAUACUUCUGUGUUAGAUAAAAAUCAAUAUCUUGAAAAUAAAUCAAUAACUGUUGAGAAUAACCUACCAAAAAAAAACUAUUCAAGGAAAACAAUGGUUUACACAUGUCCAUUAAAUGUUGAAGACAGCUCUUUUGAAAAUGAAGAUACAUCUGGUACAGUUGAUAAUCAACAAAAACAUUAUUCCAGAAAAUCAAUUGCUCCAACAACAGUUAUUGAUGAUAUAUCGGAUGCAAGUAUAGUACUUGUAGAAAACCAACAAGAAGAAUAUUCUAGAAAAUCAAUUGCCCCUACAACUGUUAAUGAUGAUAUAUCGGAUACAAGUGUAGUACUUGAAGAAAAUCAACAAGAAAAAUAUUCUAGAAAAUCAAUUGCUCCUACAACAGUUAUUGAUGAUAUAUCGGAUGCAAGUAUAGUACUUGUAGAAAACCAACAAGAAGAAUAUUCUAGAAAAUCAAUUGCCCCUACAACUGUUAAUGAUGAUAUAUCGGAUACAAGUGUAGUACUUGAAGAAAAUCAACAAGAAAAAUAUUCUAGAAAAUCAAUUGCUUCUACAACAGUUAAUGAUGAUAUAUCGGAUGCAAGUAUAGUACUUGAAGAAAACCAACAAGAAAAGUACUUUAGAAAAUCAAUUGUUCCUACAACUGUUAAUGAUGAUAUAUCGGAUGCAAGUGUAGUACUUGAAGAAAAUCAACAAGAAAAGUACUCUAGAAAAUCAAUUGCCCCUACAACUGUUAAUGAUGAUAUAUCGAAUGCAAGUGUAGUACUUGAAGAAAAUCAACAAGAAAAAUAUUCUAGAAAAUCAAUAGCUCCUACAACAGUUAAUGAUGAUAUAUCGGAUGCAAGUAUAGUACUUGAAGAAAACCAACAAGAAAAGUACUCUAGAAAAUCAAUUGCCCCUACAACUGUUAAUGAUGAUAUAUCGGAUGCAAGUGUAGUACUUGAAGAAAAUCAACAAGAAAAAUAUUCUAGAAAAUCAAUAGCUUCUACAACAGUUAAUAAUGAUAUAUCGGAUGCAAGUAUAGUACUUGAAGAAAACCAACAAGAAAAGUACUCUAGAAAAUCAAUUGCCCCUACAACUGUUAAUGAUGAUAUAUCGGAUACAAGUGUAGUACUUGAAGAAAAUCAACAAGAAAAAUAUUCUAGAAAAUCAAUUGCUCCUACAACAGUUUUUAAUGAUGAUAUAUCGGAUGCACCUAUAUCUAUUUUUUACCAAACUCAGUCUCUUGAUUCUGAAAAUUUAUCAAAUACAUCUGAAGCAGUCGAAGAAAAUAAUCAAAUUAAGUAUUCUCGAAAAUCAGUCGCUCCUUUAACUGUUUUUAAUGAGGAUGCAAUGAAUACAUCUGAAAUACUUGAACAAAACCAGCAGCAAAAUUGCUCUAUACAAUCAAUUGCUAUGUCUGUUUAUAACCAAACAAAGUCUCUCAGAAUUGAAAAUUCAUCAAAUAUAUCCGAGAAUAUAUCUGUAUAUAAUCCAACUCAAUUUGCAGAAAAAUGUGACACAUCUGAGUAUCAUCCAACUUGGUUUGCUGAAAAAGAAGAAACAUCUUUGUAUAAUUUAACUCAGUCUGCUGAAAAAGAAGAAAUAUCUUUAUAUAACUCAACUCAGUCAGCUGAGAAAGAAGAUACAUCUGCAAUAAUCAAAGAAUAUCAGCAAAAAAGAUAUUCUAGAAAAUCGAUUGGUCCAACUUCUUUAGUAUUUACUCAUAGUGAAUCUCUAGAUGUUAGUAUGUCAAAUAAUUCAUUGAACACCGAAGGAAGUAAUGAACUAAAAUCCGACGAGGCACUGGAUUAUGAGAUUCCAGUAACUGUUAAUAAUCAAUCUAAUCAUCAAUUAGACGUAUCUAUUCAGAACGAUCAUAAAUUAAUUUCAAAAAGUCAACAUCAAUCAGUAUUACUUAAUAUGAUUAAUGAUGAUAAUUUUAAUUCACCUUUUAGGAAAAAAUCGAAAAAAUCUAUAAAUCUAACACAUUUGAUAAAAUCACCUUCCGAAGAUCAAUGUAGAAAAAAUGAAUUAGAAAUUACUGAUGAGAAUUUUGAAAAUGUUAGUAAAAUGGAUAUAUCGAUGGAACACAAAAUUGAAAACGACAAUAUAAUACACAAUUCUUCUGCAUUUUUAGUUGAUUCAAACGAAGGUAAAAAACUGAAUAAAAGUAGUGUAAAUGACCAUAUGUGUGAAACAAAUAAAGAACAAAUUGUCAUGGCACUUGAUGAAUUAGAAAUAAAUAAAACAAAUUUAAAUGAAUUAGUUAAAGAUAAUGACAUUGUCAAAAAAAGUGAAAAUAUAAACAAAGAAAAUAAUAAAAACAACUCUAUAAAAGUAACUGACAAUAUUAAAGCGACUAAUCAUAUUUUAACUUCAAAUUAUCAUUCACCUAGUUGUAAUGAAGAUAAAACUACCAAAACAAUUUGUGUUAAAGACAUAGCUAAUAUUUCAUCAGACAAAACACUUCAAAACAAUGAGAAACCAUGUCUUGUAAAUCGAAAAAGAAGUUACAGUAAUAGAGAUUGUGCACCUUUAUCUUGUUCGUCAUUUAUGUCUAAACCUAAUAUUUGCCAUAAUAUGGAUGAAGAUUUCAUCACGGAUGAUUUUAUUCAACAAAGUCCUAUUAAAAAUAAUGUUAUUAAUAAGAGUUUAAAUAAUGAACAAUUAGUAAUAGGAAAUGAACUUCAAGAAAGUUUGAUUAAAAACGAGUCCAUAAAAGAAAAUUUGUGUAAUGAAGUUUUAGAAUUUUUAACAAGGUGGAAUGAGCAAUUUAUUGAAACAAAAUUAGUUCUUGAUAAGUGUUCAAACAGAGAAUGGAUUUUUAAUGUAUUAGACAGUAAUAUAAUUUUAACAAUAACAUAUUCAAAUAUUUCUAAUAAUUAUUCAUUUCUUAAAGUGGAAGAUAUAUCACUUACCUCAAAGACCAUUGCAAAAAAUGAAAUAAUAAAAUUUGGAAUAAAUUGGAUUUUAUCAAAAUACAAUCCAAAGGUAUACAAACAAAUAUGUUUUACUUCAAGAGAUGUAGAAUUAUUAUUAAAAUCUCUGUUAGAGGAUGUUCAUUAUAUUAAUAAAGUAAUGAACAAUAUGUCUUAUGUAAGUGAUCUAUAUUGUGUCACAUUUAAAGAUAAUAAGGCUCAAUUUGUAAUACAUAACAUGAAAUGCCCAUUGAUGGUUCGUAUUGAGAUAACAUUGUCAAAUAUUCAUAAGCUUACUAUUAAAGAUCUUUCAGUCGAUUGUUUGUUUGGUCAUUUCAAUACAAAAUUAUUGGAAGAAAUAAUGGAAGAUAUAACAAAAGAUUGUAAUGUUUUGCAGUCUUUAGUAGAAAAAUUAUUUAAACUCUACUCACACCAAAUAAAUUGACUGGUGUAUAAGUCUUAAAAAUAUUAAGUAUAAUAUAAAGUAUUUGAAUAAAAAUAACGAUAACAUUUUAACACCUUGUAUGUUGAUGUUUUGAAUUUGUAAGUAUGUAGAUCUACAUCUAUGUAUUUUAUUUAUAUUUUUUUAUUCAGUAACACAUGUACAUGUCUUAUAAAUACUGUUAUUAAUAUAUACUUAGUAAAUUAUUAAGUAUGUUUUGAUGGCAAGAAAAUCUCAAAAAAAAAAUAUUAUCACAGUUGUGAGUUUUAAAUAUCAUUUAUGAAUUGUACAUAUGUGCAGAACUAAAGUACUGCCUAUUUUUUAAACUGACAAAAUAAGGAUUUUAAAAUGUUAAAAGUUGAUUUAUACCUUAUUAAA